GAAUCACUCCAAAUUUGGCAACCUACUAAUCACAGUGACUUCAGCUGCCCCAUCUGUCUCCAGACAGCUACUCUCCCAGUAGAAACCAACUGUGGACAUGUAUUCUGUGGUUCCUGUCUGAUCACAUACUGGAAACAUAGUCCCUGGUUAGCAGCAAUAACCUGCCCUCUCUGCAGACAAAAGGUGGUUCUUCUGGAUAACAUCUCUUGUGAAAAGCAACAAGAUAAGCCAAGUAAACAAAUUGUACAUGACAUUAGAGAUUACAACAAGCGUUUCUCAGGGCAACCUCGACCCUUUGCAGGUUACCUUUAUGACAUGCCGUUAUUCCUGACUCUUGCCUUGCGAGGAAUCUUCACCUGGGGUGGUCUCGUAUGGAUUUUUUUCCUGAGAGUUGCUGUUUGCUCCUUUGGAACUAUCAUAUGCUCGUCUUCUCCAUUUGACGUGAAGCCUGGGCCUCUCUGUAGGAUGCUUGGAACAGCUGAUGACAUGGUGGUUGUUUCCCUUCUUUUAAUUUGCAUGAUAAACAUUUGUCAGCAAAUUGCAUCUAAUGGG